AUGAACUUCACCUCCAACCUCAUCACCACCACCCAUAUCAAGUCCGAAAUCCCAGCCAACAUCAUCACCAGCGCCCCCUUCUUCAACACCACCACAGCACGGGAGGUCGACCCCAUAGACCCAGUGCGGAAAUUCGAAUGCCCUGACUGCGGGGAGGUGAUCCGCGGCAAGAGUCACUUCAUUCAGCAUAAGCUCUCCCACGCCGGCCUCAAGGUCUUCUGCUGCCCGGAGUGUGGGAGGAUGUUCACCAGACAACACCUACUCCUCAGGCACACGCAAGUCCACACUGGGAUUAAGAAAUAUGAGUGUGAAAAACACCGCUGUGGGGAGUGUGGGAAGUCCUUCGCCGACACGGAAGGGUUGACACACCACAUGCAGGGACACGCCAUCGCAAAGAAAUACUACUGCGAGGAGUGUGGCUUGCGAUGCGACGAUUCUGAGGACCUCACACGACACAGGGCGACCUCUCACCCGCUGACCCGGAAACCCAAACUCGACGGGACAACCCACAUCAAGGAGGAGCCCAAGGAACCAGUUAUCAAGGAGUACAAAAGGGGCAUUUAUUACAGCAUGAGAGUGUGCAUAACCGCCUGA